GGAUGAUGGGUGUAGUAGGUGAUGUUGGCUGGUUGGUUGUGGGAGAAUAAAUGCAACUCCUGCAGAAUGGAUUUAACGUCCAGUCCAUCGGUGUCCACCUUGCAAUCUGUGAAGGAGCGACUGCGAGAAAAGCUCCAGAAGUCUUUGAAGGCUGUAAAACUGCAAAUGUCUCUUGCUGCGAAAAUCAAGACUAAAACUUUAAAUAACUCGUCUGUUCUGAAGCUUUCCCUAAAGCACAAUAAUAAAGCUUUAGCUUCUGCCUUAACUGCUGAGCGAGAGAAGUCAAGAAGGCUGGGAAAUGAGAACAUGUUCCUGCAGAAGGAGGUGAAGAUGCUGCACUUCCAGAAUGCUUUGCUAAGACAGAACCUAAGUAGUGUGAACAAAAUGCUUAAAGAUAUUAAUGUGUUCAUGAAUAUUAACCUUCCUGCGGCUAUUGAACUCAGCGGCACAAUGGAGUCCUCAGAUUGUCUAUCACUAAAUGGGACAAGGAGCGAACGUUUCAGCCAGCAGAGUGCGUUGUCUUUGGACGGGGAUCAAGGCUUUAGACUGACAGGAGUGGCGUUAAGGGUUCCUUCUAAUUGUGUGGAACAACAGAAAUGCAACAGUCUGCAGAACAUCCAUAUGAGUGAAGAAAGUCACCUUAUUGUCCCACCUGCCCAGAGCCCUGCUGCUGUCCGAGAAAGCUGUGAGAAGCUGGAUGAACUAGAAAUGCAUACCUCCAAUUUAUCUUCCAAAGUUUCAGAAUGCAAUGAGAACAGAAGCCCGGAUUCUCCUUCCAGUGGGAAAUUCAGAGACUCCAUAUUACCACUGGAUGAAGUAUUUUCCUAUGGCAACAGAAAUGUUCUCAGUGGUGGAUUUGUUACAAAAAGGAAGAAAAGGUCUACAGUAUCUCAUUCUAGCAUGGGGUCUAAAAAAUCUGAAGGAAACCAGGCCAGGAGCUUAACAGGCGAGAGCCAGGAGAUCUUACCUAGUACACAUUGGGAGAUUAGUACAGAUAUCGCCAUUCUUCCUGACUCGGGACACACAGGACUAGGUGGCACAAAAAGGUCUGAUAUUGAGUCUGUCUUGCAGAAAGACAGUCUAUCAAGAAUGUCUCAUGGCUCUUCACUGGCAAAAAAACUGGACACUAAUCAAAACAGUGAUGUGGACCAAGACAGCAAAGUUUUAUGUAAAGAACAAGCUACACAAAGCACAAAUAGGGCAGAGCUUGUACAAAAUGAAGAAAGUGACCAUCAUACUGUUCAUGGACAGGUGGGGCAAGAGGAAACUGUAUAUGAGGCAGAUAUGGAUAUGACUUCCAGCGAGUCUGCUUCAAUAAUUGCAGUGUUGCCUAAAAACAAGAUGCAGGCUUCCAAAACCAAGUCUGGCAUACCCGUGAAACAGACUGGCAAACUAAGAAAAGUUAAGAAGUCAGUCCGUGAAAAACCAAAGAGAAUUGGAUCUUCUGUUGACCAAGAGGCUGACGAUUCAUCCAACAGCAAUGAAAAUGAACAUAAAGCAGAUAAGUUCAUUGAUAAUUUGACAAGUGAUAGACAUGAUUAUCGCAGGACCUAUGUUUUACCAGAGCCUGUAGUAGAAGACAGACUUGAUGUUUUGGAAAGCCAUACACAAUCAGACCUUGAAGUGUCAGCAUCUACAGUGUCAUGUAUUGCAGGGGAAAUAUUUCCACAUCACAUCACAACAGUAUCAAAUGGUGAAAACGACGAACUGACAUUUACUCUAGAAAAAGACCAUUCCUUAGAAGAAGGGAAAAUUGCCAAUGUGGCACCUAAGAAAAGAAAAUCAAAAAAUAUCUCCAUGGUGGAAAGUUCUAGAAAACGUAAACGAAGAAUGUAUAAACUUUCAAAGGCUCAAGAACAAUUGGCAGAAGAGAGUGGCAACUUAAGUGAGUCUACUGAACAAAUGGAGAGCAGCAGGAAAAUGAAUAAUAUGCCUAGUAUUCAUGUUAAACAUCAAGAGCCCAAAUUACGAAGGGAGACCUAUGUUAUAAGUGCACCAGAACAAAAUCCAGUGACACAUGAUGCAAUAGCUAAAGUUCAUGGAGUUAAUUAUAGGCGGGAAACAUUUGUGAUUACCGAACCAAAUCCACUGGUCUCGGUUGCCAUAAAAACAACAGUCUUGGAAGAAAGGGACAACAAAUCCAUAGAGCCACAAAAUUCUGUAAAAUCUCUUGUUCCUACAGAUAUCUCUUGCAAUCUAGAAAAUAGAUUAGAUUAUGAAGUGGAGCAUUGUCAUUCCACCUCCAACCCUGGACCUGCAUAUGGCUACAAGAAGCGUGUCACCAGAUAUUUGGAGAAGAAAACUGCAUCGGGCAUCUUUUCUGAGUUGGACAAAAGGAAGACUCAUAUUUUACCUAGAAAGCAAGAUGGCGUUAGAGAUGAAAAGGGUACACUUGUCCGGGAGAGCUUUAUGAACCGAAAAUCAAAUCAGAGUGACAAGACUAGCAAGAUACCCGACGUCAAGGUAAAUGCCCAUGACUCUUUUAUGCUUGAUAUGGUUAGUGAAUCCAUUCUUGAAAAUACAAUGGAGUUCUCCAGUUUUGCAGAAUUCCCAUCGGCCACUAACUCUGAAAACACUUUUACAAUCGACGACAUGUCUUUAAAAAGUAUCCAUGCUCCUGAGCUCCCCAUGUCUGAGGAUUGUAAUAAUGAGAUUGCUCAUUUUUCGGACAAUAUUAAUGUUCUAGCUGAAAAUGACAAUGGCCAUCAAAAAGACACACAUGAAACUGAGAUUGGGAAUAGUCAACAGUGUAAGGUCGAAGACCAAAGUAUGGAAAUUCCUGAAACAGCUAUUAAGCCAUUUCAGGAUCUGACAAACAAAAGUCUUGGCUCCACUAAACAGUCUCCAAAAUCUUGCUCAGAAGAAGAGUCUCAUGGUCACCAUAGAAGAAGACGCAAUCCUGUUAACUACAAGGAGCCUAGUUUGGGAAAAAAACUGAGGCGCUGAGACGUUAGACGCUGCACUCCAGUCUGCGCCUAGUAUAAAAAGAAAGGGCAAACAAGUGAAGUAUGAAGAUACAUGAACUGGAGACCGCAUCAGAAGAGUUCCUCAUUGUAUCUUAGUCUCAACUGCACUUCCCAUUAUAUCGGUCAAGAUAAAUAUUUAAUCUUGCAAAUGUUCCAUGUCAUCUAGUUUUAAAGGGGUUGUCCAAUGCCAGUACAUUGUAUAAAACAAAGAACACGAUAUACUUCUGCUCCUCCUGUCCUUCUCAUGCAGUGGUGACGUUGAGGUGUACAACACGGACUGCUGCAGCGGUAUAUGGCUCAUGAUGGGUGAUAGGUGGUCACGUGCAAUAUACCUCAACUUCACCGCUGAAAAAUUGUAUACUAAGAAUGGGAGCUUUAAAAAGGAAAAGUAAUUUUCUUAUACCAUGUACUGGUAUAAUUCUGACAACCCCUUUCAUUAUAUAUUCUGUUUCUGAUAUGAUUUAUCGGCUUUAAUAUCAGUAUAUAAAGAUUCUAACAACUGAUAUUCAUUUUGUUGGUAAACUAUACCGUCUAGUUGUAAUACGUGAUUCUCCACCAGCUUUUCCAUUGUUUUGUAGGUAAUAUCAUAAAUGUUUGUAUAAGGCCUCAUGCACAAGACCGUUGUUUUGGAUGCGGACCCAUUCACUCUGUGUGCUGUCCGCAUCUGUUGCUCCGUUCUGUGGUCCGCAAAAAAAAUUAACCUGUCCCUA